AUGACUUUACCUUCACCACCUGUUCUUAAAACGACAAUUAUUCAACUCAACAAGGAGUUGAAUACCUGGGGCUAUGAGAUUUUGACCAACGAGUAUAACAAUCCCACUGAAAGUGAGAAAUUUAUCCAAAUUAGUUCACCAGAAUCAAUACCGAAUAAGAAAAAAAGAAGAAGGUGCACUGCUAAUAUAAACUCGGAAGAGUUGGCCAAGCGCAAGAAUGAAACCAAGCAAUUACAUUCAAUUAUUGAAAAGAGAAGAAGGAUCAAAAUUAAUCGCGAAUUUGAAGCUUUAAAGUAUUUGAUACCCGCUUGUCGCUAUUGCAAUGAUAGUCCAUCUUCCAAAAAACCUGCCGCUGCCAACAACAACAACAACAACAACAAAAUAGACGGUAUGUACAAACUAACCAUUUUGAAAAGUUCAGUUGAAUAUAUCUUGUAUUUGCAUCACAUUAUACAAAAACAGCAUGAACUAUUAUCAAGUGAAAAUUUAGAAAAAGUGAAAAAUUUUGACAUUGGUUUUGCUAAAGUGCCACUCGAUGUUAAUCAGUAUAGAAAUAUUGACAUCGACUUUAAUUUCAAAGACUUGAUGAAAAAUGAGGUAAAAGACGAAACAAGAGGCGAUAGGCAAUCAAAAGAAGUAAAGCAAUUGCAAAAACAACUGCAAAAACAACUCGAUGAUAAUAAACCACUGCUACCAACUCCAGAAUUUACUCCCGAUAUGGCACCAAUAUUAACCUUGUUGAAUACAUACACAGGUGAAAAUCAUUAUCCAACAAGGAACAAUUCGUAUGCCGUCUCGCCACAUACAAUAGUUUCCAAAUCGGGAACUCCUAAUAAUAAGGCUACCAGAUUCACUCUACCGGAUCCAGCUAUCAACCCUUUGAGCGAGGUGCCCCGAAACACAUUUUCUAAAAUAGAUGAGACAAUAAAGGAGGUAGAAGAAAAAGAAUCAACAACUCUAUCCGAUCGAUAUGCCUCAAAGACCUUACUUGCCUUGAGGAAAUCAAGUAUCGACAGCUUAUUGAAUUAG